AUAGAUGCCCAGAUGCAAGUCGGUCAGCUUGUCGGCUCAGGCCAGGUUGCAUGUAUCCGAGUCUCUCUAGGCCAACGCCGCAUUGCAGUCGUCGGUGAAUCAGAGUGCGUCGCCAUCUAUCACUCGGAGACGUACAAGAUCACACAGGUGGUCAGAGCAACAGAAGCACUCUGUGUAUCAUUUCCUCCGUCGGCUAGCUUCUUCGCUGUGGGUUCAUAUGAUGGCAUGAUCCAUCUAUGGCAACUGUGCGACUCCGAGUUGGAAGGCGUAACUCCUCUCGAAACUUUGGGCAUAGAGGCUAUGAUCAAACAUCUAGCGCUGUCUCCGGAUAAACAGCUACUUGCUGCUGCUCACGAUGGUGGAAUCGGACUCUUCGGCGCUACCGAGGGACGUCUGAAGCGCAAGUUGAGUAUAAAAACCGAUGGCAUCUUACACCUCUCCUUCUCGCCCGACAGCCAGAUGCUACUCGUCAGCGGGACUAACAACGUUGGGCUGUACAGCGUUCAUGACGGUAGUCUAGUGAGGAAUCUUGAAGGGCAAGGCGACUGGGUCAGACAGUCGGCUUUUUCUCCCAACGGUCAAUUUGUAGCAUCGGCGUCUGACGAUCGCAGAGUCAGAAUCUGGGACACGCAGAAGGACACCACUGAACCCGAAGUGACUCUUCAAGGCCAUCUUGACUAUGUUAGAUGCGUGGCAUUUUCACCUGAUGGAAAACUGCUGGCGACUGGAGGGGACGACUACAAGGUUAGGGUGUGGGAUUUGACGACUGAAAAAGAGUCUGUUACCCUAGGUCGACGUUCGAGCUACGUGUACAACGUCGCUUUUUCUCCCGACUCAAAGCGCAUUCUGGCGUCUUGUUCUGAUAAGAGUGUCAGGAUUUGGGACUGGGAAACAGAAACGGCGUUGAAAGAAAUGAAGAAUGAAUAUGAAUGGCGAAACCUCAGAUUUGAUAUACGAUUGCCAGAUUACAUCAUAACCGACCUCGGCGCGCAGUACAUUGGAAAUCAUGGCCCUUCAAAUGAACUGCCAAAUUGGGCUUCAUAUAGUAUGGAAUAUGACGAUGCUGAUGAGACAACAGGCGCCUGCUGGAUUACAUGGCAAGGGGCGAGGGCAUUUCAGCUUCCAGAAGCUUUCCGGCCCACUGCAUCUUAUUUUGAUGAAUCCAGAGUCAUAAUCGGAACAGAAACGGGGCGUAUUUUACAAUUCAAAUUUCACCCGGAUAUUAAGCCGAGCUUAGGACAGUAA